AUGCAUCGUUUGAUGCUUAAUGCAACGACAUCUGGUCGGAAAUAUUCGAAGCUCUGCACAUUUGAAACAACACAAUCAAAAAGAGGAUGUUACAUAAAGAAACAUGUAUACAUGCUGAGUAGAUACCUAGUUUUUAGAACAAAGACGUGCGGUGCAAUUCACCAGUUAUAUUUCCACUUGCUUUGA